AAGAUCAAGACACAGAAAGAGACUCUCUCUCUCUCUUUCUCUCUCUCUCUGUGCAAUAAUCAUAAUAUCGGUUGCGAAUUCAUCCACGGCUCACAAGCAAAGGAGCCUGUGAAAGUUUCCUUGGGUCUCCUCCAAGUCGCGAGAGAUGAGCGAACCCCCCAAGUACGCUUAUCCUUACCCUGCUCAAGGUUACCCUGCUCAAGGUCAAGGGUAUUAUCAAGGGCCUCCUGUACAAGCACCUCCGCAGUACUAUGCUGCCCCUCCUCCCAGGAGAGAGCCGGGGUUUCUUGAAGGAUGCCUUGCGGCUCUGUGUUGCUGCUGCCUCAUCGACGAGUGUUGCUGCGAUCCGUCCAUCUUGUUCCUGUGUUAGCAGUUUGUGUUGUGUAUGAUUCCACCCAAAAAAAAAAAAAAAAACCAAAAA